UUCACUUCCGCCAUGGUGCUAUUCUAUUGGCUAAGUCCCUCUCCUACGUCACAUCUAUUAGCCAAUCGGAAAGUACGCUGCAUGCACGACGUGGCGGUGAAGACAAACAAGGAAGUGAAUUUUGGUAAUCGCGGACAUGGCGGAUGGAGGUGGAGGAGUCAUUGCAACCGAGAAGUACGGCUCCCAGGAGGCCUGGAGGUACCGGAUAAAGGAUGGAGGGAUGCGGAGAGAGAGAAUGGGACAGGAACAAGUAACUAGGGGGAAAUCAAUCAGUGAUGCAUUCAAGAACGUUUUCCUGCCUCAGGGUUACCCCGAGAGUGUCAGCGAGGAUUAUCUGCAGUAUCAGAUGUGGGAUACGUUGCAGGCUUUCUCCAGCUCUCUCUCGGGCACACUCGCCACUCAGGCCUCACUGAAAGGAGUCGGAGUCGGAAAUCAAGAAGCAACGGUUGCUGCAGCUACAGUGACUUGGUUACUCAGAGAUGGAACAGGGAUGUUGGGGAGAAUCCUUUUCGCCUGGUUUAAAGGGAGCAAACUGGAUUCAGAAGCCAAAAAAUGGAGGCUUUUUGCUGACAUUCUCAACGACGUUGCGAUGUUAAUGGAGAUCACCGCACCUCAUUUCCCUCCUUUCUUCACUCUUAUUGUGUGUAUUGCCGGAGUGUUUAAGUCGAUUGUGGGCGUGGCCGGAGGAGCGACAAGAGCGGCGUUAACUGUUCAUCAGGCUCGCAGAAACAACAUGGCCGACAUCUCUGCUAAAGAUGGCAGUCAGGAAACACUGGUCAAUCUGGCAGGACUGCUGGUUAGCUUAGUGCUAAUCCCACUUGUCACUGAUAACCCUGUGCUGACGUUUAUUCUCUUCUUCCUCUUCACUGCACUCCACCUGUUUGCCAACUACAAAGCUGUCAGGUCUGUCGUCAUGGAGACGCUGAACGAAGCUCGUCUGGCAAUCGUCCUCCGUAGGUAUUUGCUUGACGGACAGAUCCUGAGUCCAGCAGAAGCCAAUCAGAGAGAGCCGGUGUUUCUGGAGUUUAAAACGGAAGUGCGCGUCAGACUCGGGGUCAGACUGGGAGAAGUCAUUAAACAGCCUCAGGAGCUCCAACUGGCUUUGAGGAACAACACCAGGUCCUACAUCAUAGCAAUACAAAAUGGGAGCGUGUGUGUGUGUUUGAGUGCUGAUGCGUCAGUGCGUGAUGAGAUCAUGGCAGCGUGUCAGGCUGUGUGUAUCAGCACUGUGUUACACUCGUCACCGCAGCAUGGAGCUCUUACACACCUCUCCGAGAUCAGAGACUCGUGGGAACUGGUUUCUGAAAGUCACAAGCUGAUGGACCAAAUUUUCCAGCCCUUUUUCACAGGUCUAGAAAAAGCCGGGUGGCAGACGGACCGGACGCUGCUGGACUGGGACGAGUGGAGAGCGGAGUGGAGGAAGAAAGGCAGCUAAGACAACGAGCCAAGACGUUUUAAUUCUGUGUUUCAGGGCUGUUUCAGUUGUGAGGGACCAGCGAAGAUGAACAAGCCUGUUCUUUCAGUUUGUUUUAUUAAAUUUUAGAAUAGAG